AUGCGCAGAUGAGGUGCCCUGCUUUUCCCUGUGCCGCUGCUGUAUUACAGGUGGAAACAAAACGGCAGUUAGCUGGAGCUAUUCGGGGGAGCCGAGGAUAUUAAGUUGCGUAGACGGACUUAGCUUAGAAGGACGGACACGCUGGGUGGAUAUAUAUUACGGAAUGCAUAAUGAGCGAAUAACAAUAACUAGCCGGAGCUGGUGUGGUUGAAGGAGAGUGUAGCUUAGCCAUAGCUAAUAAACAGUUAGCGCGCUAGCCACGGUACAGCUCGGCUGCUGUGAGCCUUUAUUCUGGGGGAGAGCUCCUGCUCCUCCUGCUGUUAGAGCCAGAGCCAGAGCCUGAGCCUGAGCCUGAGCCUGUCCUCAGCCAUGUUCGUGCAAGAAGAGAAGAUCUUCGCAGGGAACGUGUUGAAGAUCCACAUCUGUACCAUGGAGGGCACGGAGUGGCUGGAGGAAGUCACUGAAGACACCACUAUAGAGAAGCUGAAGGAGAAAUGCCUGAAACACUGCACUCAUGGGAGUCUAGAGGAUCCCAAAACCAUCACGCACCACAAACUCAUUCAUGCAGCUACAGAGAGGAUUCUUACUGAAACCAAAACCGUCGCAGACGAAAACCUUAAAGAUAAAGACUGCUUGUUAUUGAUAAAGAAGAGGGCACCACCACUGCAUCCCAAAAUGGCCGACAUAUCUGCAGAAGAGAAGAAGAAGCAGGACAGCAAGGCUCCAGAUAAAGACGCUAUCCUCAAAGCCACAGCAAAUUUGUCCACUCGCCACUCCGACCGCACCGUCACGCAGCACAACAUCAGAGACUUCCAGACUGAACUGAGGAAAAUUCUGGUGUCGCUCAUUGAGGUAGCGCAGAAACUCCUCGCGUUGAAUCCAGAUGCUGUCGAGCUCUUCAAAAAGGCUAACGCCAUGUUGGAUGAGGAUGAUGAGGAGCGUGUGGAUGAAAAUGCCCUGCAGCAGCUGACCGAGAUGGGUUUCCCAGAGAGCCGUGCGGUCAAGGCACUGCGCCUAAACCACAUGUCUGUGACGCAGGCGAUGGAAUGGCUGAUCGAGCAUGUGGACGACCCCACAGUCGACAUGCCCCUGCCAGGCCAGGAAGCUCAAGGAGCAGCCGGAUCUGCAGCAGCUGCCUCUGGGUCUGCAGCAGCUGCCUCUGGGUCUGCAGCAGCUGCCUCUGGGUCUGCAGCAGCUGCCUCUGGGUCUGCAGCAGCUGCCUCUGCGUCUGCAGCAGCUGCCUCUGGGUCUGCAGCAGCUGCUUCUGGGUCUGCAGCAGCUGCUUCUGGGUCUCCAGCAGCUGCCUCUGCGUCUGCAGCGUCUGCAGGUCCGUCUCCCUCAGGUCCAGCCCUUCAGGCAGUCACCUCCUCCCAGUCCAGCUCAGAGGAGGCCAAGCAGGACGAGCUGACAGAGAUCUUCAAGAGGAUCCGGAGGAAGCGAGAGUUCAGGCCGGACUCACGGGCAGUGAUCGCACUGAUGGAGAUGGGGUUUGAUGAGAAGGAAGUGAUCGACGCCCUCCGGGUCAAUAAUAAUCAACAGGACGCUGCUUGUGAAUGGUUGCUCGGUGACAGAAAGCCUUCACCUGAGGACCUCGAUAAGGGCAUCGACACUAAUAGCCCUCUGUUUCAAGCCAUACUGGAGAAUCCUGUGGUCCAGCUCGGCCUCACAAACCCUAAAACACUGCUGGCGUUUGAGGACAUGCUGGAGAAUCCUCUGAACAGCACACAGUGGAUGAAUGACCCUGAGACCGGCCCUGUCAUGCUCCAGAUAUCCAGAAUCUUCCAGACGCUCAACCGCACAUAAAGCACAUCUUAGGCUUAUUCACUAAUAAGGGAAGUGUGUGUGUAUGUGUGUGUGUGUGUGUGUGUGUGUGUGUGUGUGUGUGUGUGUGUGUAUAUAUAUAUAUAUAUAUAUAUAUAUAUAUAUAUAUAUAUAUAUAUAUAUAUAUAUAUAUAUACACACACACAUAUAUAUGUGUAUGUCUGUGUGAGUGUGAUUGUGUGGCUGGUAUGGUUUAUGUUGCAGAGUUAUAGCGAGCAAUGAAUGUAACAAUAAUAACAGGAUGAGAAUUUUUCAGUUUUGAAUAUUAUACAGAUAAAUAUAUCUAUUUAUAACUGACAGAACACUUGUAAAAAAAACAACAACAACAACAGAUGUAAACAGUAACUUAACUGAUAAAUGCUAGCUUCACAAUUUUUUUUUUUUUUUUUUUUUUUUUUUUUUUACACAUUUUAUGAGCUGUUUUUAAUUCUAUUAAUGACAUAUUUUAUUUUGUAUACUUUCUCCAUGAUGUAAAUUAACAUAAGGUAUCCAGAGCAAAAAAAAAAAAAAAAUUGUUUACACUUCAGGAAAACACUUUCAGAUGUUUCACAUUGUUUCAAAGAGCGUCUUAUUAGUCUCUUCACAUGGUUACAUUUCAUCAGAAUCCAUGUUUCCAGGAUGAGAUGCCUGACGUCUAACCGCGUUAUAUUGAUUUAGAGUACAGUACGUGAAACUAAAGUUACUGGUACUGUUUUCUGCUGUAAAACAAACACGAACAAAACGCAUCAUAUUUCAUUUGACGUCUGUAUGAGCUGCUUUAUCUGACAGCUUCAGAAACACUGUACAAUCCCAAUGUGCUCGGUGUUGUGCCAUCAGAAGUAAUGCGACCUCUAAUUUCAGGUCUGUGUAAGUCGUACACUGUCAGGAAAAAAAUGGUAAUAAUGUUUACCAUUCCUUGUUGUCGAGGUGAUACCUUCAAGGGUUCAACUUUUGUACCUUUUUAGUGUGUAUAUUUUACCUAGAAAGGCGCUUGUAGUGGACCUUUCAGACUUUUAUUAUAUAUUUUAUGUACCUUAAAUCAUUAUUAAAGGUAUGUUUCAAGUUGAAAGGUACAGACAGUUGAGGUUACGUACGCCUUACAGAAUCUGAAAAAUAAUAAAAGAGGGAUCAUAAAAAAUUGCAUUUUGUUGUCUUAUUUAGUUCUGCCCUGAAUCAGCUAUUUCACAUAACAGAUGUUUACAUGUAGUCCACAAGACACAAUAAUAACUGAAUUUACACAAAUAGACCAGUUCAAAAGUUUACACACGCUCGAUUCUUAAUACUGUGUGUCGUUACCUGGAUGAUCAACGACUGUGUUUAUGUUUUGUGUUAAUUGUUCACGAGUCCUUUGUUUGUGCUGAGCAGUUAAGCUUCAGAAAAAUCCUGCAGGUCCUGCACAUUCUUUGCUUUUCCAGCAUCUUCUGCAUAUUUGACCCCUUUCCAACAAGGAUGGUGAGAUCUAUCUUUUCACACUGAGGACGACCGAGGGACUCGUACGCGACUAUUACAUAAGGUGCAAACGUUCACUGAUGCUCAAGAAGGCAACGCGAUACAUUAAGAGCCAGGGGGGUGUAAACUUUUGAACAGGAUGAUCGGUGUAAAUUCUUAUUAUUUUGUUCAAAGUUCUUAUUUUUUUUCAUUUAGCACUGCCCUUCAGAAGCUACGUAAGACAUUUACAUGUUUCCCAGAAGAUAAAAUGAUAACAGUUUACACUGAUCAUCCUGUUCAAAAGUUUACACCCCCCUGGCUCUUAACGUGUUGCCUUCUUGAGCAUCAGUGAAUGUUUGCACCUUUGGUAAUAGUCGUGUACGAGUCCCUCAGUUGCCCUCAGUGUGGAUCUCGACAUCAUAUAGCCGCUUUUGGAAAGGGGUCAAAUAUGCAGAUGCAGGAAAAGUAAAGAAUGUGCAGGACCUGCAGGAUUUUUCUGAAGAACAGUGAGCAGUUUAACUGCUCAGAACAAACAAACGACUCGUGAACAACUGGCACAAAACAUAAACACAGUCAUUAAUUUGUGUAAAUUCAGUUAGUACUGUGUCUCAUGGACUAUAUGUAAACAUCUGUUAUGUGAAAUAGCUGAUUCAGGGCAGAACUAAAUAAAAAAUAUGCGAUUUUUAUGAUCCAUGUUUUUAAUUAAUUUUUUUAAUUAAUAAUAUUUUGCAAGCUUACAUACUGCAAGGCAUAUGUAAACUCAUGACCUCAACUGUAUUGAAGGCGUCCCCUUGAGGGUAAAUUUUUUUUUUUUCCUGAGAGUGUAUGCAUUUGUGACGUUGCCACGUAACCUAUAGCUUGUGACAAUUCUGGUGCUCUUUCAGGAUGUUUUCUCCUUCAUUUCAACUCCGCAAUGCAUCUGCAUCAGUUUCACUCAAGCCCGGAAAAUCUAAUAUGCAAAGGAAGAAAACAGCAGGUCUCACUAACGUCUCUGCAGAAACGUUUCUGACUUAUCGCUCCCUUGUUCGGAGAGAACUCUGCAGCGGCACUAAUUUCCCAGAUGAUUCAAUUACCUGGAAAUUUAAGCUCCCCUUUCCAUCCCAGAUUCCAUCCCCGAGUUUAUUUCUGAGCCGUACGUAAAAGACGUGAAAAGCCGGCUACGGUAUGGUGUGCACGGACGUUUCCUCUGACUAAAACACAGACCUCCUGGUCUGUAACAGAGUACAUAUUUGGCUUUUCGUCCAAUCUUAUUUGGUUUGAAUUUCAGAUGUGAAGGUCUAGGCGCAAGGCGGGAUAUUUCAUUUACACUUGUGUUUAUUGAAACACCCGGCUUCUGUAAAUUGGAUCCGCUCCGUUCGAAUCCUGUCGCUUGGUACAGGUUAGAAAAACCUGUUAGGAACAACAAAGAAAGGAUUUGUGCUCUGUAUGUCAGGUCACGUGUCUCAUUUAGUUUUUAUUUGUGGCAUGUUUACCUGACAUUACAGUUUGUAGGCAGCGAACCGACAAGUUCAUAUCACAGUCGUAGUACGAUACUAAAACAGAAAAUUCAGUGUGGUCAGUAUUAGCCGGCACUUCACAUAGUAGAUAUUUUUGAAGGUCGGGGGGAAAAAACUAAACAAAAGACUUUUUGUCAGAAUUUGAAAGGAAGUAUCUGAAACAUAUCGGAAAAGUAUCUCAAACCCACAUUUCUUUAGGAAAUCCAAAGCACCUACCUAUUAACAGAGUGUGCAUGACACUACGGACUAAAAUCCAUUAUUAUCCAUUGAGAUGAAAAUAAUUGUACUUGUGAUUGCUUUAGUUGGCUUGUGGAUUAAUUUCCCUUUAUCAGAACACUUGGAUACCAAAGUAAUCAUAAUGUCUUCUCUCGUUUUGGUUGUGAUGUGAACGUGUGUGCUGAAUUUCACUUCUUUUCCUCCUCCUUUGUUUUUUUUUUUUUUUUUUUUGGGGGGGGGGGUGUUCUUUUUUCUUUUUUCUUUUUUUCUUUUUCCAGACUCAUUCAGGAUUUGAAAUGGAUUUUGCUGUGUUUGCUCAGGGGGUUUAGAGAUCAACAGCAGGGAGAAGAUCUACUGUCUGCAAUGUGUUUAAUGAGUGAACAAUGGCGGGACUGAACGUUUAGCAAGAUAACAUUGAUUUAGUGUAAUAUUCGGAUUUAUUUAAACACUCUUAAGUACCAGCGUGUCCUAUUUAUUCUCCUGAUCCGUUUCGUGUCGUUUUAAUACAUCCGAAUAGUUCGUCAACUGGUUUUUAAGAAAGACUCCCAUAAGACUUCGCCUUAAUGUCUUAGCAAUGCAACAUAACCACUUUUCAUUGUUUUUCCUCCUUGGUAGAAAUGUGGCGUCAGUCUUACUUCAGAGAGGGUUUUUUAUUUAAUUUUUUGUAUUUUAAACGAACAAUCAUCAGUGUUUGAAAUCAUUCUCCGCGCCAGUCAACGUUCUAAGCAAUAUGCAAUACUCCUUCACUCUCCGUUCAGAACGGUUUUCAUUACAGAAUGUCGUCAUCACAAUAGUAUCGAUUUCUCAUUGCUGUGUGUUUACAAUCCCACUGUGUCUAAUAAUCUAAUGUGAAAUCUCUGUAAAACCUUAGUGCUGCUUCAUGCUUAAAGAUUUAUUCUGUUUUUGUUAAAAAUAAAAAAAAUAAUAAAAAAAGGUUGUAUACAGCAGUAUCACUUUAAGCUCGGGGUUUUCAUCGUGUUAGAAACGCCGAGUUGAUACGCUUGAUUGUGUGUUGCUCAUAUUUAACGAUUCGUGUCACAGACGCAACAACGAAUUACAGCUUCCUAUACGUGAAGAAUCUCUGUUCUUUCAACUCAAGCAAUGUGAACAAAAAAUUUGUGUUUUUUUUUUCACAUUAAUGUGUUCACUCUACACUUAUCUACAGUACGUAAGUUGAAAGCCUUGUUUUGUAUUAUUACAAAUAAAAGGGUUUGACAUUUAUGAAACGUUUCAUGUGG